CCUUGAGGCCAUAUAAAUCAAAGAGCAGUCUCGCCUCCUGUUCGACUUGCAGUGAUACUAGGCCUCGGAAACCAACCUGUUCUUUCACACAAAGAGGUCACUUUUGCUCAGUCUUGCUGUCAGGCUGCCCCUCUAUUGAAACAUAAUUUGUCAUAAUCUCUUGGGAAUCUUGAGUCUUCUCUCUGCAAUGCGUGACUACGAAAAGCUCACGAGAGACGAAGAUCUCGAAUCGGCAAAAGACGAACGUCUUCUAUAUGAAGAUGAAAUCCUGCCCGUUCACUUCAUAGACCAAGCGGCAAUUGUUCGCAAGAUCGUCUUCAACUACACCUUUCGCUACGAUAAAGUACUCGACGCAAAAAAGCUUCACGAAAGUCUUGUCCAACUCGUGCAUACGCCUGGGUGGCGUAAAGUUGGAGGUCGUCUACGUGCCAAUAGCGAGGGAAAGCUCGAGAUCCAUGUACCACGCACUUUCAACGAGACACGUCCGGCUGUGAGAUUCUCUCACGUCGAUCACCUCAACACUAACAUCGAUUCUCACCCUCUUGCAUCGAGACUUCCCAAAUCAACCGGCUCUACGCCAUCUAUACAGGAGGGUAGCCAUGCCUUCAAGUCUUUCGCUGCGCCUGUUGAUCUGCCCAAGAGCACCGACCAUUAUUUGAAGAGCGACGAGCCCUUGUUGUGUCUUCAGGUUACAUCUUUUGCAGACUCUACACUAGUAGGGCUCACCUAUCCGCACUCACUCGCCGAUGCCAUGGGCAUAUCAGAGUUGCUCAAAGCAUGGUCAAACAUCAUAGUGGGCAAGAGUCAUUUGGUGAAGCCUCUCCAGGGCACUUAUCGAGACGUGCUUGACUGGGCAGGGACAAAGCUCGACAAGGAAGCCUCGCAGAGAAAGUUCGCUCUAGAAAGUCAGCAAACCCGUGGCUUGGCUUUGAUUUCAUUCAUUGCCCGAUAUGUAUGGGAUAUUGCGACUCGUCGGACAGUGCAGUCCCGACACAUCUAUCUGCCCGCCAACUAUCUGAGGCAUCUGCGUCAAGGAGUCGAGCAGGAGCUCAAGGAAACACAUGGAGGGGUGGCUCCUUUCGUCAGCGACGGGGAUCUCAUCACAGCUUGGGGUUCUCGCCUUGUAAUGUCGUCAAGACCAUGGAAGAGGUGCAGUGCAGUAAUAUGCAACGUAUUCGAUAUUCGACGGCGUUUGGAGAACACGUUUGCUCCCGAAGGCCCUUACCUACAAAACUUGAUCCUGCCAGCAACAACUGUCCUGUCCAGACAGGAGGCUGCCAGCGCCACGACGGCACAAAUUGCUCAACAUCUGCGCCAAGCAAUCACAGAGCAGACUGGCGACGUGCAGACUCGAAGUCUCCUGCGUCUCGCACGUAAGUGGUUCGCAGCUCUAGGCACGAUGCCCUUAUUUGCGCGGUGGGACUCCCGAGUGAUUGCCUGCUCCAACUGGACCAAGGCAAGAUUCUUGGACGCCGCCGAUAUCAGCUCUGCUGCCUCGGGCGACGUUGGCGAAGACAAUCCCUGCACUGGAGUGGUGGGGGACUCUGCGGCGGAUGCGGCGCAAGAUCAUGUCAGACCAGUCAUGUUCUGGGGCGCCACCAUGAACGCAGAUGACAAGACGCGCGACGCUUUUAUGAUCUACGGCAAGGACGAAUCAGGAAAUUACUGGGUUCAGGGGUUUUUGAGAAAAGAAAGCUGGGCACUGAUUGAGGAGGAAUUUCAACGCUUCGGAAAGGAGUCGAAGGAAUCUAUCUGACUUGGGUCAUAUCUUAUCGGCGUGAGACUGAGCCACUGUAAGAUACGAGCUGG